AUGGUCAAAGAAGAUGAAGUAGCUUCUCCUGAUGAUUUACAUUUUGAGGGGCAGCUCAAAAUAGUGGAAUAUGCAGACCCAAUUUCGAGAGCGAAGAACAAGCGAAUUCUCGCAUUUGACGAUAGCUUAAAAAAGCUAGUAGACGAUAUGUUUGAUGUAAUGUAUAGAACUGAUGGCAUUGGGCUCUCGGCACCCCAAGUGGGGAUUAAUGUGCGAGACCCAGUGUUUAAUCCAGUCGGUGAACGCGGUGAAGGAGAUGAGAUAGAUCUUGUGAAUCUCACUGAAUCCACAUGUAGAUAG